AUGGAGCUGCAGUACAACUCCUUCUACAACCACGCUCUGUGGAAAGACCUGGCCUUCACCGAGGACUGCUCCCUGUCCGUCAGCAGCACCACCUUCCUCAUCAUCGCCUACAGUAUGGUGCUGGCCGUGGGACUCAUCGGAAACUGUAGCCUUGUUUACGUCAUCACACGGCACAAGGAGAUGCGUAACGUGACCAACAUCCUCAUCGCCAACCUCUCCUGCUCCGACAUUCUCAUGUGUAUCUUCUGCCUGCCUGUUACAAUCAUAUACACAUUAAUGGACCAUUGGAUUUUAGGAAACGCCAUGUGCAAGCUCACCCCUUUCAUUCAAUGCAUUUCAGUCUCCGUGUCCAUCUUCUCUCUCGUUCUCAUUGCGAUGGAGCGCUACCAGCUCAUAGUCAACCCCACCGGUUGGAAGCCCACGGUCUUCCAGUCCUACGUGGCUGUGGGGGGCACUUGGGUGGUUGCCUGUCUGAUUUCUGUGCCCUUUUUGACCUAUCACGUCUUGACAUUGCCAUUCCAGAACCUAACCAUUCCUCUUCCGCUCGGCGACCAGCUUGUUUGUAUGGAAAAGUGGCCCUCAAUCGCGAUGAGACGAGCCUACACCACCUCCUUAGUUGUUUUUCAGUACUUCCUUCCUAUUGUCCUAAUAAUCAUCUGCUAUCUACACAUCUACUUACGCUUGAGGAGGAGAAAGGAGAUGGUGGAGCGGAGCGGCAACAAUACGCACAAGCGAAACAAAGGCGCAACGCGGAUUAACAUCAUGCUGACGGCGAUAGUGGUGGCGUUUGCGCUGUCCUGGUUGCCUCUCAAUAUCUUCAACACGGUUUUUGAUUGGGACUACGAGGCUCUGCCCACUUGUAGCCAUGACAUGAUCUUCUCUUUCUGCCAUCUCGCGGCCAUGGCAUCGACCUGCGUCAACCCGAUCAUCUACGGCUUCCUCAACAGCAACUUCCAAAAGCAGCUCAAGGCCACCAUAUUGAGAUGCCGCUGUUGGGCUGUGACCGAGACAUACGAGAACGUCCCACUUUCCACAGUCAGCACGGAGGUCACCAAGGCUUCCAUGUUGAGCAAUGGGUCCAUCAGCCCCAAUACCUAA